GGCGCAGCGCGCGGGGCGCAGGAAGCGCGCGGGGCUGGAGAAGAGCGCGCGCCCGCCUCCGCUCCGCCUCCGUCCGGGGGCGCGGGCGCAGUGGCCCGGGCGGAGGAUCGCAGGGGGCAGGGCCGAGACAGCGAGGAGGGGCACGGGAGAAAGCGGGAGCGAUAAAAGGAAGCAAGGGUGCCCCACCCCGCGGCAGGCCGGCGGGCAGGCUCCUGCGUCCCUUCCGUCCGGCCCUUGCCGGCGGCGGCGGGGAGGCGCGCGGCCCGCUGCCGGCCCAUGGAGGCUUUCCCUUGGGCGCCACGCUCGCCCCGCCGCGCCCGCGCCCCCGCGCCUAUGGCGCUCGUGCCCAGCGCCCGCUACGUGAGCGCCUCGGGCCCGGUGCACCCGCAGCCCUUCAGCUACUGGAACGACUACCUGGGGCUAGCCACGCUCAUCACCAGGGCUAGCGACCGCGGCUCCCCGCACGAGGGGCCCGGGCCCACGCCGGCCGGGCCCACACUGGGGCCGCCGGAGGACGAUGAAGACGACGACGGCGAUGAGCCAGAGGCCGGGGGCCGCUACCUGGGCGGCGCGUUGGAACUGCGCGCGCUAGAGCUGUGCGCCGGCCCAGCCGAGGCCGGGCUGCUGGAGGAGCGCUUCGCUGAGCUGAACCCAUUUGCAGGGCGCGCCGCCGCGGUGCUGCUGGGCUGCGCGCCCUCUGCCUCCGCCGCCUCCACGGCCGAAGUGACGCCGCGCGAAGAGCCGAGCCCUGCGUGGGCAGCCGAGCCUCGUCUGCACGCGACCUCCGGGGCGACCGCCGCGCGUCUGCUGAAACCGGAGCUUCAGGUGUGUGUGUUCUGCCGGAACAACAAGGAGGCGGUGGCGCUCUACACCACACACAUCCUUAAGGGCCCGGACGGCCGGGUGCUGUGCCCGGUCCUGCGCCGCUACACGUGCCCCCUGUGCGGCGCCAGUGGCGACAACGCACACACCAUCAAGUAUUGCCCACUCUCCAAAGUGCCACCGCCCACCGUCCGCCCGCCGCCGCGCAGCACCAGAGACAACCUGCCAAGCAAGAAGCUGCGCUAGAAGCAGGCUGCAUCGAGCUGCGUACACCUGAAACCUGGACUCUUCUCCCGUGGCUCAACUUGGGAAGUCCUCUUGGUUUUAUGGAAGCCGCAGGGGCAUAGCACUUUCUUGUGGAGUGAUAGGUCUCUGACGUUGAAAUAUUGGAUUUUGUCCCUAGUUUCUAAAACGCGCAUCCAGAGUGGUGAGGGCUGAGCGGUUGUUCCACUGGCUGAAGUGCGGUGAAUGAGGCGCUGUUUACUGUAUACGUCAGCCUAUUUUAGGUGCGCAUCCGUAUGAAUUGUCUCUGAUCUUGGAUGUUUUCGUUUUAUGAAUGGAGGCACUUUAUUAGGUCUAGAGUAUUUUUAAUAGCCUCUGAACUGAGUGUAAAACAAUUGUAUGGAAUGUCGGCAAAAUGACUAUUUUAUUGUUUGAUGCAAUUAAUUUAUUUUAGUUUCUCAUUCUAAUUGCAGGUAAAGCAACUUAGUACACUUCCCAAUAUUGAGAGGAUGUUCCUCCUCGUGGCUUGUUUCUGUCCUAGAUGGGAGGCUUAAAGGCACAAUCUGUAGCAGGUAGAAUACAGUUCCUUAUCAUUUUAUGUAUCAGCUAUUCUACUGAAUUAGCAAGUAGUCCUUCCAACCCUUAAAAUUAACUGUGCCAAGGCUUAAUCAUAUCGUGUACAUAUUUGGAAAUGGUGCUGUUUAAGAGACGUGUAUUUAUACAGUGACAGUAUUAUGAAUCCAUUAAUCUCCCCUGUAACUCCUACUUAGCAUUUUCUCUAUGCACCACCCCAAAGGUCCAAUUCUGAUGCUAAGGCGUGCCCUCCUCAGAAAGGAGGAAACCUUUUAGAGCAGUGUUAACCCACCUUGAUUGCUCAAGUUCAGGGUUCCUAAAUAGAAAAUGGGGAACUAUAAUGCAAUAACUCGAGUUCUAGAAAGUUCUACUCUGGGCUGUUUGCCUUCCAAUUUACAGAGGGUGUACCAGAAUAAAUACUUCGAUGCUGUAACAAUUGCAGUUGGAUACAAGUAUCAUAAUCUCCCCUCUUGGUGGUUCCACUAUUACUGAGAGAUCCUAGUCUGCUUCCAGAAUACUAAAAGAUCUUCAUGCAAAAGUUCCUAACCCUUUGUUCUCCUGUAAAUCUAUCAUCCUGAGUGCUGGGAUGUGGCACAAAGCCACUUACCAUCUAGACAGAAAAGGUGAGGGUGAGUUAACAUAAAUUCAGACAUGCACCAACACCACUCUCUGCAAAUACCAGUCAAAAGAUUAAAGCUUGCAAUAGUCAAAUUUAGCUAGGAAUACAAGUCAGGCUAGACUGCCUUUCAUAUUAAGCAGCAACUUCACAGCAAACUUACUUUCUGUAUAAAAGAAGUCAUGUGAAAAUACUACCUACUGGUAAAAGGGAGGACAUUCUUAGCAAGGAAGAAAUCUAUCCCUGUUAUAGCCCCACAGUCAAUGGGCCUGGGCCUAAAUUUAAUAAAACCAUGUUCCUUGUUUUGCUAGAAAAUAUACAGUUUGUUUUGGGGUGAAGUUUUUCAAGUCAACAUAAAUUCACAUCCUCUAACUGAUCUGCCUGUUCAAAAAGGUAUUCUCGAUAUCAAAAGCAGUAGGUAUCAAGCCAGGAUUGCUGUAAUCCCACCAGAUGUUUCCCAAGGUGUGUGUGUGUGUGUGUGUGGUGCCAGUAUAUAAGUACAUGAGCUGAACAACUAUCAUGUGUACCUAAUAGCAACUUUGAAUUUUUGGCAUUUUGCCGGAACUAAAGGAUGCUGACACUGGCCCUCCUGCCCUGUGGAAUAUAUUGAGGGAUCUGAGAAAUAUCCUCAGGUAGCUGUUAACAGGGAGAUGCUAUCAGAAAAGUGCUUCUAAACACAAGGAGCCUAGUUCUACCCCAGCACCUACAUGAAAGUAAGGGAAUAGUCAUGCGCCUAUAACCCCAGUGCUCAUGAGGCAGAGGCCAGCCUUGCUACAUGGUCUGAGUAAAAACAUCAUCUCAUAAACUAUAUGGUCAUCUGAAGUUGGACCUCCACAUUCAUCUGCUGAUUUGGGAUAAUUUAAGCCAAAGGUAGCUGUGGUAUCGCUGGAGAGUAAGGGCGCUCUGCCUGGACUCACUAGCAAGGCAGUCUAGCUCCAGGUAUGAAAACUCCAAUUCAAAGAAACACCUUGUUGAAACUGAAGUAGAAUAUGAUUGGGUAGGGUAACCUUUGACCUCUGACCUCUAUGUACUUGCACACAGUGUAUCCCAUAUCGUGUUCUCCAACCCAUGCCAAGUCUGUUUCCCAGCUAACAGAUACUGAAGUGUACAAUAUAAGCAAAAAAAAAAAAAAAAAGUCCUUGUUUUUCUAGUGUUCUAGAGAAAACUUACCCCUAAAAAUAAUCUUUUAAUCCUGACGCUCAGGAGGCAGAGGAAGGCUAAGCAAGCCUUGCAAUGUUAUAAAGGUUUUGCAAAAAUGUUUACAAUUGAUAUCCAAGUUUAGGGCCAGGGGUUUUGCUCAAUGAUAGAGCACUUACCUAGAAUGCACAGAACCCUAGGAUCAAUACCCAUUAUUAAAGGGACAAAAAUGAAACGUAAAACCCAAAGUUUCAUGCAACACUUUGAUAAAGUUGGCUUCUGCCCUUAGUAAGAAUGCACUGUGGAUCUGGCUACACCACAAAAAGGCACAGCAUUGUAACAGCUUCACCAUGGGCAGAGGCACAGUUUGUGCUGUGCUUUAGCCUGCAUUUGUCUGUCCAAAUGAUUUUAACAGCUUUUUAGUUUUUUGUACUUUAUUUUUCCUAUAAAGUCCUUUUCAGAAGUUAAAUGGCUUUGAUUAGAACUUGUCAGAUAUAUUAAACCAAAACCAUGUAUUUCAAAACUAAAA